UGUUGGAUGGUCAGGAGGGAGGCGGAGGACACAACUGAACCAGCGGGGGCGACGUUGCGCGGCCAGGCUGGAUGCUUUGGGCUGGCGUGUGUGGGCUCCAAGCACCUGAUUGGAAACCCGCUGGGGUCACCUGAUGUUUUCAAUAGUUCUCAGAGCCCUGCUAUCAAAGCCAUCUGUUCUGGCAGCCAGAGUCUGGUUUAAGGGCCAUGUUUCUGAGCCAUAGAGCAGGAUGGAGAGGACGGCAGAGUUGUAGAUCCGGAGCUUCGUCCUGCAUGAGAUGGUCUGGUGCCGCCACAGUGGUUUCCAGAGAGACUGCAGAGCUGAUGCUGCCAGGGCUCUUCUGUGGGUAAUCUCUGGUUUUAGGUCCCCGUCGUCUGUCACCAUGGACCCAAGAUACACCAAGCUCUUGACAGGCUCUACUGUAUCAGGACCAAGCUGCAAGGGAGGUGGAUCCGGCCCACCACCGACAUGCAUGAACUUGGUUUUUGUCCAGUUCACUUGGAGGCCAAGCUUCUCUGCCUCUUCACUGUAUAUGUCCAGAACAUCUGUCAGCUGACUGUAGGAUGUGCUGAGCAGGAUAGUGUCAUCAGCGUACUCCAGUUCCUGGAAACUUUGCAGAUGUUCCAGUUGUAUGUUGGUGGGCGGAGUCAGACGCUUCCUGUUAUAAAUAGGUGCGUUUCAUCUGCGUUGGCGUCUCACUGUUCUCCAGAAGGACUCCCUGAAGAACCCACUGACUAAACACACCUGCACCAGGCUGUAGACAUGGACCAGAUGGAAGUGGCCGCCCUGGGUCGACCUUUCACCCUCGGGAUGUUUUAUGAUGCGAGGUCGGAUAAGCUCAUCCCAGGACUGACGCUGUGGGACAAACAAACUCUCAAAGACUUCACGACUCACAAAUCCCAGAAAAGCAGCAGCUAUAAAGUCAUGACCUCUGACACCAUCGACUCUAAAUCUUCUCUCCUGGACGUUCAAGCCGGUCUGAAGGCCAGUUUCUUGGGUGGUUUGAUCGAAGUUGGAGGUUCUGCCAAGUUUCUGAACGACCACAAGCAAUCCAAGAAGCAGAGCCGAGUUACCCUUCAGUACCACGCCACCACCCACUUCGAGCAGCUGACCAUGACCCGCGACGAAGCCACGAGCAAACUGGAAGAAGGAUCCACCGAAGAAGGUUCUGCGACUCAUGUGGUCACCGGCAUCCUGUACGGCGCCAACGCCUUCUUUGUGUUCGACAGCCAAAACUUAAACACCAGCAGCAUUCAGGAAGUCGAGGUCGGCAUGAAAGCAAUGGUGAACUUGAUCCCAUCCUUCAGCAUUGGAGGACACGUCAGUAUGAACCUGAACGAAAACGAACAAGCUCUGGCCAAAAACAUGUCCUGCAAGUUCUACGGUGACUUCAUUCUUGAGACCAACCCUGCGACCUUUGAAGAUGCAGUGAAGACCUAUGUGGAGCUGCCCAAGCUGUUGAAAGACGACGGGUCCGACUCUGUCCCCCUGAAGGUCUGGCUGACGCCACUGGACAAGUUCAACCGAAAAGCUGUCGAGCUGAGGGGUGAGAUCAGCUCCGGGCUCCUGUGGAAAGCCGAAAACACUCUGGAGAGUCUGAGGGAAAUCAGAAUGAGGUGCAACGACUCCAUGGCGGAGAAAGUGGUCGGGAAACUCCCACAACUUGAGAAAAAUUUGAGCGGUUUCCAAAAACUUUGCCGUGAGUACACCAUGAGCAUUCAAGGCACCAUGGAGAAGAAGUUUCCCGCCAUCCGAGAAGGUCUAGAAGACGCUGCCGCAAUGGAAAAACUGUUGGACGACAGAGAAAAGUCCCCAUUCAGCAACGAAAACUUAAGGAAGUGGAUGGAAAAUAAAGAGCACGAAGUCACCGUCAUUCAGUCGUGCGUGGAUAUCAUCAACGGACCCAACGUGAAGAUCGCCGCCAAUCACCUGGAGUUGGAACGAGAGGCCGUGGCUGCAGGUGUGGUCCACGCCCUGUGCUUCGUCUUCACCUCAGUCCAACAGGACGACCCCUACCUCCACACCAUGGCCGACAACCUCAAAUGUCACGAUGCGGAUUCGGUUGAAACCGGUCCGCUGUCACAGAACCAGUGGUACUCGUCCCAGGAAGUGAGGAGCGCGAUCAGGACAAAAGCCAAAGAGUUCGCAGAUCUGGCGAGAAACCUGCGAUCCAAAAGCAGAGUCAAGGUCCUGAUCACCGUCGUAGAGAACCCCAAAUACAAAGGAGCCACCGUCUACCACUACAAAGAAGGAAACCUGGUCAACGAGGACUUCACCAGACCGGAUCCACCCAAGGUGGAGACGGUCACCGACAGAAACGACUUCAGCUGGUAUUUCUGUGAUCUCACCCUGGACCCAAACUCAGCUAAUGAGUGUCUCCAUCUGUCCAAUGGAAACAAGACAGCGACUAAUGGAAGCAAGAAUUCGUAUCCUCAACACCCCGACAGGUUUACACUAUUCCAACAGGUCAUGUGCAGGGAGGAGCUUAGCGGGCGCCAUUACUGGGAGGUGGACUGGAGCAACACCGGCAAUGACUGCACCUGUGCCGGUGUGAUGUAUAAAAGCAUGAGUAGAAGUGACAACCUCGGCUACAAUCCCAUGUCCUGGUGCUUCUACUGCACGUAUGGGUCGUACAGUUACUGUCACAUUGAAGCGCAGAAACUGUCCGUUCCUUCUGGUGAUAUCAGUCGCAUCGGUGUGUUCCUGGAUUGGCCUGCAGGGAGGCUGUCCUUCUACAAAGUGUACUACAACACCCUCACCCACCUCCACACCUUCCACGACACCUUCACUGAGCCUCUGUUCGCUGCCUUCAGGAUUAUCAGAGAAUCCAGCUACAUCACCCUCUGCCCUUUGAACUAAACGUACACUUUCAUUUGGUGUUUUUUUCGCUGCAGAAAAGCAUCAAAGAAGUGGGCGUGGUUAAAACGGCUGGAGUUUAGACCGGCGCUGAUUCAGAUUUAGAUGGUUUUCAGCUCAUCUGAUGAUCAGACAUGAGCUCAUGGAGAGGCGCCACCUUCGUCAUCAUCUUCAUAACCAUCUUUAUAUUCAUCUUCAUAACCAUCUUUAUAUUCAUCUUCAUAACCAUCUUUAUAUUCAUCUUUAUAACCGUCUUUAUAUUCAUCUUCAUAACCAUCUUUAUAUUCAUCUUUAUAACCGUCUUCCUCACCAUCUUUGUAAUCUUUGUCUUCAAUGAUAAUUUCUUCAAACAUCUUCUUCUCCAAAAAUACUUUUACUGUUUAUCAUGGUAACUGGUAAAACUUUCAACAUGUAAAUACAAAAACCUCCCUGUUUUCUACAACUUUGCUUGUAUGUUAUCCAGGAGUCUGUCCUCCGAAAAAAAAGCAUUUCUCUAUGAUGUUUUAUGAAGUCUCUGCUUAAACCUUGUUUGGUGUGUAGUGAUGGAUGUGUUCAUCAGUCUGUCUGUCAUUGUAUAUUCUAAGUGAUCAAUGAAUGAUCAACAGGGAGGAGAUGGAAUGGCAAGUGACAUAUAUUCCAUAUAACUUUACAUAUAUUCCAUAUAACUUUACACAUAUUCCAUAUAACUUUACAUACACUGGUCUACAAGGAAAAUACUUCCAGAAUAAAAGUAAUGAAAUUUUACCACAUG